AUGUCGACGCUCCAGCACGUCUGCUCCGCCCCACUGGCGCGCGCGGUGCGGUCGCGGGCACGGGCGCUGUCGAUAUCCUCCGCCGUCUCCACCUCCUCACCGGCAAAACAGGCGUCCAGCGUUGACUCUCGCGUGCUCCUGGGCUUAUCCGAGCAGGAGCUCCAGAAGCUGGCGACCGAUUUCGGACAAGUAAGAGUUGGAGAUUUGGGAUUCUUUCCUCUCCGUUGUGUAUCACGUCUCGUCUCCUUUCCAAUUGUGUGAGUAUUUGCUCAGCAAAGCUACAGAGGGAAGCAGCUCCAUCAUCUUCUGUACAAGACGAAGGCCAAGGAUAUCCAAGAUUUCAGCCACCGUGUGUUCCCCUUUCACUCAUAUUUAUUUACUGGUCAUCGCAUUCUCCCUUUUCCACACUUCUUUGACAAAUUUCGCACUCUGCAUUCGGAACAUUGUCGAGCAGUGCCUCAGGCAUUUAGGGAUGGCCUACAGGAAGCGGGAUGGCGAGUUGGGAGGUCUCCUGUUCAUCGUGUUGUUGCUUCAGCAGACGGCACUGUGAAGGUAAUCCCUCCACCAUCUCUCCCUGGAACACUUUCGAUUCCCUCUCUACUUCACGCUUUUGAACGACUGUUUUAUUUUUAAAAGGCGAUUUAUCUCUUAUCUCAAUGUCAUCCAUGAUCAAGAUUUUUCUGAAUUUUUUCCUUUGCGGUUGAAUUACUUUCUAGUAGAAUGCGGAUUUUCGAGUAUAAAUCUUCAUAUUAGUUUGGGGUGUCGUUACAUGGUAACCUACGAUGCUUCCAGAUACUGUUGAUGCUUGAGGAUGGCAGAUUGAUUGAAACAGUGGGGAUUCCGGUUGAACAUCAGAAAGGUUCCUUUCGUCUUACUGCAUGCGUGUCAUCACAGGUGAGGGUCUCACGACAGAGAUGCCAUUAACGGCUUGUCUGUGGUUAGAUUCCAUUUCCUCUAUUGCGCCCCUUUUUUGAAGAUGCUCCUUCCUUGGGCAAUCUCUGCUCAGGUGGGCUGCCCUCUCCGCUGUGCAUUUUGCGCUACUGGAAAGGGAGGAUACUCGAGGAAUCUCCAGCCGCAUGAAAUUGUGGAGCAGGUUGCCUUGGACCCUCUCAGAGCUGUUAUGAGAUAAAUGUCGAAACUCUUUUCCACCUGUACUUAAUGUUCCCCAUAUCUAUGCUGUGGGUGCAGGUUUUAGCCAUCGAGGAGAUCUUCAAGCACAGGGUAACAAAUGUAGUGUUCAUGGGGAUGGGGGAGCCGAUGCUGAAUCUAAAGUCGGUUCUGGAUGCGCAUAGAUGCUUGAAUAAGGUCAGUAGCUAGCUAAUUAUUAUUAUUAUUUUUUGCUUCCUCAUGUUAGCUAUAAAUUUGCCAUCACUUAGUAUGGUCUUCACGGGGUAAUUCAAGAAAAAAUAUAUAGAUUUUCUUUGCGAGUGAGCCUGAAAUCGGAUGGGUUCCUCCCGCAUCCUCCUUCAACUGUGUCCCAAAUGUGCAUUUGCAUGGGCAAGUUCAAGCCUGUAAUGGGUCUUUAUUAGUGAGCCACUCUGUGGUUUAUGGUAAUAAUCCGACAAAAAAGGUCUUCCAUGAAAAGUCUGUAUAAAUCUUUAAAUAUGUACAAUUAUAUAUAAUGAUUUCGACUAGGAAAAAACUGGCUCACUUUGGUAGCUGCUUCUUCUAACUGAGGAAACAGAAAAACACAACGUAUCUAGCAUCCUCCGGAGUUGAACAUGGGAGAACAUACCGUUGGAUUCCUCUCUUCCUGGCUGUAACCCAGCGCCAUCCUGAUAAGAUCCAUUCUUUUCUCGGGAUUUAGAUGGUCUCACCGAGCGGCUGGUUUCUCUGGAUUCAGGGUGUUUUCUCCUGAGGAUGUUGAAGGAGUGAGAUAUGAACUACUGUGGGGAUGGCUCUCUCUUGAUCUUCUGGUCAAGAAAAUGUGACUCUGCAUCCAUACGCCGGUUUAGUAAUCUUGUUCUUCAUAGAAUCAGUCAUCUUUUUUCAGUGAGCUGUGGGGUGAUCAUUGCAGUCGCAUAAACAAAUAAAAACGGUCACCAUGUAGAAGAGUCUCUCUUAGAAAGUGCUGGAAAAAAAUGUGUUGUUCGUUGUGUGUGAGUAAAUAUAAUAAUAAUGACGAUAAUUAAUAAUAAUUAUUAUUAUAAUCUUCUGCUCUCUUGUGCUUAUAUAAUCUUCUGCAGUGGUAGCUUUUCCCGGCGAUGAAUGCGACUGUUUAUCGUUGUGAUUGUCAGGACAUAGAAAUUGGCCAGAGAAUGAUGACGAUCUCUACAGUGGGUGUGCCCAACACAAUAAGGAAGCUGGCUUCUCACAAACUCCAGUCAACGCUGGCUAUCAGGUGACCUCUCUGUUGACUCAAUUCGCAGAUAGUUUCUGCUUCUUAUAAGAACCCAGUUGACCAUGCCAUCUCUGAAGGAGCUGGAGCUUAGAUCAUCGCUGCUUUUGUCGGCAGAUUUUUCUGUGUUUUGAAUCUAGUCGUUGUCCAGGGAGGUUGAAUUAUAUCAUAUGCUCGUUCUCAUAAGCCCUGAUUGGGUUUUCUUGGAAGUCAACGGUUAAUUUUAGUCUUCCUGCCGAUCGACUCAUCUUGUGUCAUCUGUGAAGCCUGCACGCGCCGAACCAGGAACUCCGGGAGAAGAUCGUCCCCAGCGCUAAGGCGUACCCUCUGGAUGCGCUAAUGGCCGACUGCCAGGACUAUUUCCACGAAACCGGGCGCCGAGUAUCCUACGAAUACACGCUCUUAGGUCAGAGGGCUCGGUUCUCUUCUUUAAAACCACGGCGACGCCGCCGCCGCCGAACAGUCCGCUGACCGCGCCUCUCUUCCCUGGCAGCCGGCGUCAACGACGGCGUGGAGCAUGCGGCGGAGCUGGCGGCGAUGCUUCACGGCUUCUGCCGCGGCUCCCACGUGAACCUCAUCCCCUUCAACCCGAUCGAGGGUUCCGAGUUCCGGCGUCCCUACAAGAAAGCGGUACGAACCGACUCGUCUUCUCCUCCUUUUUCUUCUUCUAUGCGUGCUCACCCUCGGCCUGCUUCCUGGGCCGGCAGGUUUUGGCCUUCGCAGCGGCGCUGGAGAGCAGGAAGGUGACCGUGAGCGUGCGACAGACGCGGGGUCUCGACGCAAGCGCCGCCUGCGGGCAGCUCAGGAACGAGUUCCAGAAGAAGCCCCUCCAGCUAUCGACGCCUGCGCGGGAGCUCGGUCCCCUCUUGACCUGA